GUGUGCGCGCUGCUCGGGCCGGGGGCCACGGGUCACCUUGGGGACCCCGCGAGUUUGGGCCGACCUGGUUCUGCGACCAGACGGCCGCAGUGGGUGGGUGCUGGUCCCCGGGGCCAUGAGUAGGCGCAGCCAGAGGCUCCCCACGUCGGAGUAAGACCCUCCAGCCCUCCUCCCACUGAGGGCGACCCGGGUGACAGCUAGAGAUCUAGAAUGGAGAAACGUGAGCGUUCAUACAGGCAGGAACAUACACGUGGGCUCACACGCACAGGCACUCACUUACACAACUCGCACAUAAAUGUACACACCUACGCGCUAAGUGAACACAUGAAUAUAUAACCGAAGAGAUUAAACACAUCAAACGUCAGACAGGAGUGUGCUUGUCAAAAGGGUUGCCUCAUGUUAAUCCAGAAGGCUUCCUUGGGGGUGUAUCCAUCUGAUGGAGUAUAUCUACACUCAGGACAAAAAGCUGCAGGCCCCCUGAGCUCUGUCUGGGUGGCUGCGAUUUGGACCAUAGACAGGAACAGCUAUAACCACAGCCAGUCAUAGCCACAGCACAUACAGUGAUAGCUUGGUCGUUAAAUUGAUUAACAGACCUGAGGCAACAGCUUCCAUCCAUCAACAUUCACUCAUCUCUCUGGACUUAAGCAAUCCAGGGACUCAAAUCCCAGGAAAACAUUAAACUUCGAUGCUGAAAAGUUUCUCUGUCCUAAAAUCCUGGUGGUUCUGGCAGUUCUCCUGUUCGGGACAGGGCAGGUGUCUGUUCAUUCAAUAACCUUUGCUGAGCAGCCACUGUGUCCUAGGCACUGGGGAUUCAUCACUGAGUAAAGCCACAAACUUAGAAUCAUUGCUAUAGUGGAAGAAGCAGACACAGAAUAUUAUACCUACAUCAUAAUUACAGAGGAAGUAGCAGCGGGAAGAAAGUACAUUUUGAAUGGGUAUAGGAAGGGACAAGGCAGCAUCUUUCUGAGAAAUGACAGGUAAACUUUUAAGAAGACCCCAAAAGAUGGAAACACUGAAAAGCGAGUUCAGCUUGAACCUGGGAAAGAGGAAAACAAGAUUGGAGCAGGGGUAGGAGUCGGAUCAUGCAAGGCCUUCUACACCACAGUGAGCAGCAGCAUACAUUUAGUCAGUGAAGGAGACACUGAGGCUCUGGCAGUGAGUGGGUGGCUGGAGGACCUUAAGGACUGUAAGGAGGGCAUGGAGAGAGGGAGCUGAGAGAUAGCUCAGCAGCUAGGGUACUAGCUGUUCUUCUAGAGGGCCCACUCACAACUGCUUGUCCCUCCAGUUCCGGGGAGCUGACACCCUCUUUCUGGAUGCUGCAGGCACCAGGCACACACAUGGUGCAUGGAUAUACAUGCGGCCAAAGCACACACAUACAUAAAAUGAAAUGAAAAUUAAAGAAUGAAGACAGAUGGGAACCUGAGGCAGGAUUGCUUGAGCCCAAAUGUUGAAAACCAGUCUGGGUAACAUAGCAAGACCCUUCUGAAAAAGGAGACAUGGAAGCAAGACCAGUUAAGAUUGAAUAGUCAGGACAAGAGAUGACAGUGCCUGGAUUAGGAGAUGUCAGUGAGACCAGAGCUAACUUGCUUACGCAUCCAUGACUACUUGUACUUCCAAGUGCUGAGUCCUGGGGACAUUCGCUACAUCUUCACAGCCACACCUGCCAAGGACUUUGGUGGUAUAUUUCACACGCGGUAUGAGCAGAUUCACCUCGUCCCUGCUGAACCUCCGGAGGCCUGUGGGGAACUCGGCAACGGCUUCUUCAUCCAGGACCAGAUCGCUCUGGUGGAAAGGGGGGGCUGCUCCUUCCUCUCCAAGACCAGGGUGGUGCAGGAGCAUGGCGGGCGGGCUGUGAUCAUCUCGGACAACGCUGUGGACAAUGACAGUUUCUACGUGGAGAUGAUCCAGGAUAGUACUCAGCGCACAGCUGACAUUCCUGCCCUCUUCCUGCUGGGCCGAGAUGGCUACAUGAUCCGACGGUCUCUGGAACAGCACGGGCUGCCGUGGGCCAUCAUCUCUAUCCCAGUCAAUGUCACCAGUAUCCCCACCUUUGAGCUGCUGCAACCUCCCUGGACAUUCUGGUAGAAAGGCCGACCCCAGGUGCCAGCUACAGGUGAUUCACUUGGAAGAGGAAACCUAAGAUUCUGCCACUUGGAGUUUGGAGAUAGACUCUGAGGACAAGUAGAGCCAGGGAGGGGACAGGGAAGCCACACGACUAGCUUUCCCUUCCCUGGGACCUGCAAGGACAUCUCAUUCUCCAGCAAGAGGCAAGAACCAGACCCAAGGCUUCUGGCUAGAACUGGGAACAAAAGGUGCUGAAGGCAGGUGGCCUUGUCAUCUGCAACCUGUCAUACGCCACCAGUUUCAGCCUCCUGUAGCCAGGACCUCCUCACAAUGAGCCUUGUAGCUGUUGCUGGAGUGGUUUAAAGAACUGGUAUUCCGGGACUAAGGAUCCCCUACUUUUUAGCAAUAAAGUUAAAUAAAACUCA